UAUCUACUGCAUUUAAAACUUGCAUGUCCCAAUAAACUCAAGCCCUGAUUCAAGUCCCAGAGCCGAAAAAAUAGGUUUAAGUCAAAUUAACCACGCGAUAUUCACACACAACUCGUCACAAAUUAUUUUUGCUUACUGCGUACAUCAGUAUAGAAAUCCGUCCUUAUCUCACUUCACUAGUUAUUUUGCUUACUUUUGUAAAUCACUAAGUCUCAAAUCUCAAUUUAAAAACAAAUUUAUGCAGAGUGUGGCUUUGACAGGAUUUACUUAAAAGCGGCGAAUUUACGGUGGAAAACAAACCUGCUCGUACAAGAUGAGGAACUUAUGUUUGUUCGUAUUAGUGUCCGUGCUGGUUAGCAAACAUUUGUUUGUUGUGUUAUGUACAGAGGAAGAACAAGUUAAAUAUUACGAAGAAGUUAUCAAAAAAUACGAAAAAAUGGUAGCAGAUUUUCAGUAUCCCACCGAUGCCAAACAGUAUAAGCCGGUAAACGAUUCCAUUUAUGAUUUCGGCGAAUUUGAUUUCAUUAUCGUUGGAUCUGGAUCGACGGGAUCUGUUAUUGCCAACAGAUUAACCGAAGUUGAAAAUUUCACUGUCCUUCUAGUCGAAGCUGGAAGUUAUGCUAAUGACUUUGUCAGAAUUCCUGGAAUGAGUGGAGAUGUUUUGUUGUUGAAUGAAUUUAAUUGGUUUUACCGGACUGUUCCACAGAAAACUAUCUGCCUAGGAAUGAUAGAUAAUGUAUGUCCAUACAGUAGGGGCAAAGGAAUUGGUGGAACAUCGCUGCUAAAUGGCUUGGUGUAUUCAAGAGGAACUCCAGAAAGUUAUAACAGAAUUGCCGCUAUGGGCAAUCCCGAAUGGUCCUACGAACAAGUGCUGCCUUAUUUUAAGAAACUGGAAAAUUUUCACAAGAACGUUAAGAAUGUGCAAGUCGAGAACGACUAUCACGGGUUUGAAGGCCUAGUCAAUGUAGAAUAUUUUCCCACUAACAGGCACACGACUGAACUCUUUGUUGAAGCAGCACAAACUAUUGGCUACAAAUCAAUAGACUACAACGGACCAAAUUUUGCCGGAGCCUCUGUUGUCCAUGCAGUGCACAAGAAUGGUCAAAGAUGGGACGCAGGAAGGGCUUAUAUAGAACCGAUUUUAAACAGAACGAAUCUAAACAUAUCGACAAAUAGCUAUGUAACUAAAAUUCUGAUAGACCCUAACAGUAACAGGGCUGACGGUGUCCAAUUUAGUAAAGAUCGGAGGCUUUAUCAAGCAGUAGCUAGGAAAGAGGUGAUACUAUCCGCAGGUACUAUAGCAUCACCUCAAAUUCUGCUGCAGAGUGGAGUUGGGCCAAAAACUCAUCUGCAGCAAGUGGGAAUUCCAAUAGUUCAUGAACUGGAAGUUGGCAGUACGUUUCGGGACCAACCUGGCAUGUAUGGGCUUUAUUUUGUUACGAAUUAUUCUGACCCAAAUGUUGUAAAAGGGCAAAGAGAAAAAUUGGCCGAAUAUGUGAAAGGAUUUGGCCUGUUGGGUACAUCGGGAAGUGAUGCUUUAAUGUUUGCGUCUUUCAAUCAGUCAUCGCCACAACCAGAUAUUGAAUUGGAAAUGACAUACUUAGACCCAAAUGAUGCCUACCGAAAAACAUUUUACUACAACAACGAAACUUGGAAUGCUAUUUGGAAUGGUACUGAUGGUUCCAAAGCAUUUACUAUCCAGACAAUUUUAUUAUUCCCCAAAUCCACCGGCAGUAUUAGACUUAAAAGCAACGAUCCGUAUGAAUAUCCAUUAAUUGAUCCAAAGCAGCUCUCAGAUGAGAAAAACAUUGACAUAGAAAAGCUUUAUCAAGGGGUGCAAUUAGCUCUAAAGCUAGUCGACAGCAAACCGUUUCGCAGUGUUGAUGCCAAAUUCAUUAAUAGAACACUUCCAGCUUGUGCGGAACACGAAUAUUUAUCCAAGGAUUAUUGGCUUUGCUACAUCAGGCACACCUCAUAUGCGGACAAUCAUUUUCAAGGUACAAAUUCCAUGGGACCUGAUCCAGAAAAAGGAGCGGUGGUGGAUUCUAGAUGCAGAGUUCACGGAAUAAGAAAACUGAGAGUUGCAGAUGCAAGUAUUUUUCCUUUUACCGUCGCAAAUCAUCCGAAUGCGCCGUGCAUGAUGGUUGGGGAAAGAGUUAGUGAUUUAAUAAAACAGGAUUAUUUAUAAUAGUUGUGAACCUUUCAAACAAAUCAUAUAAUACAAAUACAAAAAACAUGUAAUAGUUUGUAAUAGUAUAAACUAAAGACCUUAAAUUA